AUGCGGGAGAUGCGCUUAACCGGCUAUUCGGCCCCGUUCUUGUUCUUGCAGACGGCUCACCUGUUCUUGCAAGUUCAACACGACGUUUACGCCCUUGCAAUAGGAAAUAUAUAUGUCCGGACGGAAAAAAACCCAGCACCUUGGCAGUGGGUGUCCCUGUGUCUUCUUUUGGGAGAGAAAAAGGAGUUGGCUAUCGAUGGAAACCUCCUGGAUUUAGCAACAUCGGAGGUUAUUGAUCUGACGGUAUGUACGUGGCUCGUAUGGAAGCCUUGGCCAAGUGCGAAGAACUGCCUGGCGGGUACGAUCGCGACGUCGGCGAGGGGGAGUGGCAAGUCCUGGCCACAAACAACAGGAGGAUUGGUACCAUCUAUACUAACGGGACACACUCGCACUACGUGGCUGACGAUCCCUCCGGAGCCAAGGGCCUUUUCAAAGUCUCGGAGGUCACGGAGGACGAGCUCUGUCUUCCUCGACCACAACACAGACUUCCUGCUAACUUCGGUACUUAAUCAUAGAGGCUUAACCUACGCACAGGCCCUUGAGUACUGCCAGUCUUACGGCGGGAGUCUGCUUAGUGCCGCCAAGCGCUCGGAUCUGGAGGAAGCGGAACAGAUAACGAACGAGGGAAAUAUAUCCAUAUCCUUCUGGAUUGAUGACUGCACGGUUUGGAGGAAGACCGAUGGCCAGAUUGUAAUAUUUAAAAAACCGUGUGCUGCAACAACGAGGGAGUUUAUGUGCAAGGAUGUGACCUAA